AUGAGUUUACUCAAACAAUUGUUCGAAGAUUUUUUGGCUCAGUCCGAGACGUCAUUGCGACAAUUUGUCAAUCGAGGAGACCAAGUGAUUAGUGUCAUUCCAUUUGAAUUGCCGCCAUCAAAACAGUCGCUGUCGCCUUGUUUUGUACCUUUGCACCAGGGAUCGACAUUUCGACCAGUGGAGGAAAAUGUGGAUACGCAACAGGGACAAGUACCAAUGAAAAUGAAAACAAAAAGGAACACGAUGAAACCUAUCCGAAAACAAGUUACGGAUACGGAAAAGAGACAGACGAGACCAAAAACAUCCAGACCUUUGGUUGUAAAUUGUACAGGUCGUGAGACAGUCGAAGAACUCGGGAUGAAGAAGUUAAAGAGGACGACAAGGAGCAGCGUGAAGACGCGGAGCAAAGGCGUGUCUGAGACGGUGCAAUGGGCUAAUGCUUUUUCAAGUGCCGGAUCAACGAGCAGUGAAGCUCGUCCAUCUGUUUCUGCUCAAGAUUUGACCAUGCAAGAUGCUUCAGCUGAUACGUUAAUAGCCCAAGAUGGUCGAGAUGAUGUUCCGACGUCUCAAGCUGUGUCAUCUGAUGCCUCGACAGCUGUAGCUCUGAUGUCUCAGAAUUCUCUGCCGUCUCAAGCUCCUUUGUCAGCUAAAUUUCUAUCGUCUCAAGCUGUACCUGCUGGACCGUCGACAUCGCAAGACAUGUCAAUCAAUGUUUCGACCAAUCAAACCUUGCCAAGUAUUUCUUCAACCUCAGAAGAAUUGUUGGCUGAAGCGCCGACGUCUCGUGUUGUGCCAGCUGGUGCCUUAAUAUGUCGAGCUGUGCCUGCUGAAGCUUUGACACCUCUAGAUUCGUCAGCUCAUAGUUUGACGUCCCAAGCUGUGAUGCCUGAAGCCCCGAUCCGUCAAGACGUGUCAGCUGUAGCAUUGACAUCUCAAGCGCUGUCUAAAGAUUUUUUAACGUCUCAGUCUGCGGUAGUUGCUGUUUUGACAUCUCAAGAUUCGACAGCUGGAGUUUCGACGUCUUGCGUUACGUCAGCUGAUGUCUUAACGCAUCAACAUGAGCCGGCUGAUACUUUGACACGUAUGCCGCUGUCAACUAUUGUUUUGACGUCUCAGGUUUUACUCGUUAAAGCCGCAUCCAACGCAUUAUUGUCAUCGGAAGCUGAGCGGACGGAAAAUUGUUUGCUUCAAUCGGAUAGUACUGAGCCUGGGGUAGCUGCCAUGCAACAGAGACAGAGAGAUGGUGAUGAUGAUGAUGAUGAUCGUGAUGCAUUUACCAGUGCAAUAGCUGGAGACGAACGCGAGAGGACCGAUACUGUUUCCGUCUCCGCCACGGAGCCGGCAUCGAAGCGUAGCGAAAGAGUGAGUAUUGACGCUCUUCCAUUACACCAAGAUGCGGCUGGAAUGGUGACGGAAUCGACGACAGCUGAGUCUGCUCAUCCGGACGUUGGUACUGAGCCAACGUGCCUUUGCAGGCGUCUCAGUGUCGCCGAUACCACCAAUGCCAAACCAGACAUAAAUACGUCACUUGAUUUGAGGUCCACCUCUGAGAUGAUUCGCGAACGUGGCGCAACGGUUGUGACUAACGAGAACGAAUGCCAAGCAGAUUUGGCGCUGGCAAAGACUAAAUCUCCGUUGGGUGAAGCGGUGGCGAUCGAGGCUGUACUGAAUACGCUUUCACCAGCUAUAAAUCCCACAGGUGAAGCUUCAUCGCUGGAUGUUUUACCAAGUGAAGCUCAACGAUGUAAAGCUGUGCCAACCGUAGCUUUGGAAGGCUCGCAAGGCAAUCGAAAGCGAAAUGGUGGUGCGGAAACCGGCAAUGAGAGGCCACAUAAACGCGACAAAUUGUUAGUAUCAGAGGAAAAGAGCCUUAGUCAGCUGCAUUUGGCACAGAAGCUGAAAGCAAUUGAGGCCAAGGCUCCGUGGAAGACCGUGUAUAACAAUUUGCCAGUACCGUUUGAUGAGACAAAUCAUCCAAUUCUUGCAAAGAAGUUGAGUCAGUUUUGGCGGAAACACUCGCGUGCUGUGUGGGAGCGCAACUUUUGGGCACCCAUGUCGCGCAAGCUUAAUCUAGCAGAUUUCAACAAGCGCAACAAUCGCCAGUUUUCUGCCAAAACUGCGUUCGAGUCGCUCAUCGUGUCCGUGUAUGGAGAACUUGGUGCUGCCUUUUUUGUCAAACUCGAUAAGGAGAAGCCGCGGCACCCAGGUUGGUGGUAUUACGGCCCUGUUGUAGCUCUCUUCGCUCUCCAUCAGAUUAAAGGCGCAGAAGCGAUGUGGAAUUACGUUGAUAGCGAGGCCUUGAAGCGUUUCCCGGACUGCAAGCUGCCGGUUCCACUGACCGCGGCAAACUCGGGUGCGAUUCGAAGUCGAUACAAAGGAGAGAGCAGGUCAAUGUGGAUGGCCAACCACUACAUGACAAUGGUAAUUCUACGAGAAAUCGAAGAACUUAAAGCAGAACAGCAAGUUUGUAAACAAGCCGAGACAAGUGAUGAGCUGGAACAAGAGUGA